UACUAUAUCUUUACAUUUAGCGAGGUGUAAUCGUGGUGUAAAGGGCAGAGUUUGAUUCCUGAUUAGUUGAAAAAAGCAAAUACUGAGCAACAUUACUAAACAGCAGAUGGGCACACAAGCAGGAAUAUCUCAGAAGGACAUCUAAUGUUAUCCCCGGAUUGUGACAUAAAAGAUAAUGACAGUAGACCGGAUUCUCCAGGAGAUAACCCCAUUACCCCAAUUAUACAUCCAGCUCUAUCAGCUGAUUCCUCUGAUACUGGGAAAUGUUCUCCUGAUCACUCCGAUAUUGGUGCAUCUGUUACAGCUCUGAGAGUAGUUACAGUAUUUCCGUGUUCUAUAGAUACCAAAUGUUUUACACAGAACACAAACCUUAUUACCUAUCAGCCAGCUAAGGCAGGUGAGAGGCCAUUUCCAUGUUCUGAGUGUGGGAAAUGUUUUGCAUAUAAAUCAGAUCUUGUUAGACAUGAGAGAAGUCACACAGGUGAGAAGCCAUAUUCCUGUUCUGAGUGUAGGAAAUGUUUUGCACAGAAAUCAGCUCUUGUUGUACAUCAGAGAAGUCACACAGGUGAGAAGCCAUAUUCCUGUUCUGAGUGUGGGAAAUGUUUUGCACUGAAAUCACAUCUUGUUAAUCAUCAGAGAAGUCACACAGGUGAGAAGCCGUAUUCCUGUUCUGAGUGUGGGAAAUGUUUUGCACAGAAAUCACAUCUUGUUAUACAUCAGAGAAGUCACACAGGUGAGAAGCCGUAUUCCUGUUCUGAGUGUGGGAAAUGUUUUGUACAUAAAUCAGUUCUUGUCACACAUCAGAGAAGUCACACAGGUGAGAUGCCAUAUUCCUGUUUUGAGUGUAGGAAAUGUUUUACAUAUAAAUCAAAUCUUGUAACACAUCAGAGAAGUCACACAGGUGAGAAGCCAUAUUCCUGUUCUGAGUGUGGGAAAUGUUUUGCACAGAAAUCAGUUCUUGUUCAACAUGAGAGAACUCAUACAGGUGAGAAGCCAUAUUCCUGUUCUGAGUGUAGGAAAUGUUUUGCACAGAAAUCAUUUCUUGCUACACAUCAGAGAAGUCACACAGGUGAGAAGCCGUAUUCCUGUGCUGAGUGUGGGAAAUGUUUUGCACAUAGAUCACAUUUUGUAAUUCAUCAGCAUGCUCACACAGGUGAGAUGCCAUUUUCCUGUUCUGAGUGUGGGAAAUGUUUUCCACGGAAAUCAGGUCUUGUUGAACAUGAAAGAAGUCACACAGGUGAGAUGCCAUAUUCCUGUUCUGAGUGUGGGAAAUGUUUUGCACGGAAAUCACAUCUUGUUAAUCAUCAGAGAAGUCACACAGGUGAGAAACCAUAUUCCUGUUCUCAGUGUAGGAAAUGUUUUGCACAGAAUUCAGCUCUUGUUACACAUCAGAGAAGUCACACAGGUGAGAAGCCGUAUUCCUGUUCUGAGUGUGGGAAAUGUUUUGCACUGAAAUCACAUCUUGUUAUACAUCAGAGAAGUCACACAGGUGAGAAGCCAUUUUCCUGUUCUGAGUGUGGGAAAUGUUUUGCACUGAAAUCACAUCUUGUUAUACAUCAGAGAAGUCACACAGGUGAGAAGCCAUUUUCCUGUUCUGAGUGUGGGAAAUGUUUUGUACGGAAAUCAGAUCUUGUCACACAUCAGAGAAGUCACACAGGUGAGAUGCCAUAUUCCUGUUUUGAGUGUAGGAAAUGUUUCACACAGAAAUCAGCUCUUGUUGUACAUCAGAGAAGUCACACAGGUGAGAAGCCGUAUUCCUGUUCUGCGUGUAAGAAAUGUUUUGCACGGAAAUCACAUCUUGUUCUACAUCAGAGAAGUCAUACAGGUGAGAAGCCGUAUUCCUGUUCUGAGUGUGGGAAAUGUUUUGCACAGAAAUCAAAUCUUGUUACACAUCAGAGGAGUCACACAGGUGAGAAGCCAUUUUCAUGCCGUGAGAGAAAUAAAUCUGCUCUUGUUGAACACAUUAGACAUUACCCAAGUACGGAACCAUUUAAAUCUUCUGGAGUAUAAUUAUCACUGUUGUCCAAUGUUCCUCAAGGGUGAAUCCUAUCUCCUAUGCUUUAUAAAAUAUACAUGCUACCACUGGGUGAUACAAUCAGACAUCAUGGCCUGGUCUACCACUGCUAUGCUAAUUACCUGCUUUUUGCUCCAUGUACUGAGAACCUAAUACCAAUCCUAAAUGGUCUAGCUGAGCGCCAGGGGUGGAUGAUGCCAGUUGGCUGUGACUCACUCUUUGUUAAACAUAAUAGAAGCUCACCAACAAAGGACAAGACUACAGCUUUACCAACCAUCUGGAUUUAUGCUUUGGUGUUCAGAAUUGAAAAUACUGAACAUGUGCUGAAUCUUUGUGUUGUCCUGGUAUGUGGCUGACACAGACAUCAGGUAUCCGCCACAUACAAAUCCUCAUUCUUCCAUCUGUGGACCAUAGCCAGAAUCAAGCUCUUGAUUCCCUCAGAAGUUCAUAGACUACUGCAAUGCCAUCUACCUGGGUCACCCAGCAAAAGAAUUACAGAGCUUGCAGCUAGUACAGAAUGCAGCAGCCAAGCUGUUACCUAACCCGUUCCUGCCGCAUAACACCCAUUCUCUACUCCCUUCACUGGCUGCCUGUAAGAUGACAAAUCUAUUUCAUAAUUGGCUAACUGACCUUCCCAGCCCAACAUUACAUGGUCCAAGGUACUAGAAGCAGCUUCUGCCUCCUUACUGCCCUGCUUGCUUGCUUCUACAGAUGAAGGACUGUUACCAGCAGUACCAAGAAUCUCCCGUCAUUCAUUUAAGGGUCAAACUUUUAGCUUUGCAGUCCUGACCUUUGCCUUGCACAGUCCAAAAGACCACCACUCUAGAGACCUUCACAAACAGACUGAUGGAAAAUACCAAGAACGGUGCUCGGGCGCAAUAUGGGCUGUUGUUCUAAUGCUGCUGCUAUAUAACAGGAUUAGUCAAUCCUGAUACCUAAGCAUACACAAAAAGAAAACCAAUAAUAGCAGCGCUGAGUUCAAUUAAAAGUCAAUGUGACCACCGGCAGAAUAAGUGAAUAAGUGAACCAGAAAUGUCCGUUCCUUUUAAAUAACUGGACACCAGUUUAGGCAGAAUGUACAGGCUUAGGAGCUGAUUGCACAGUCCCGAAAAGGGUUAUUACCGCUUAUUAGGCCGCUGGAGGGAGAAAUAUCCCAUAGAUGAUCCUUCAAUUGGGAGUUGGUAGCAUAUUCUCAAUCCUCACCAGUAUGUGGAGCUUGGCUUGCGUGAUGGUCCUAAGUACGCCUGUUAAAAUCCACCAAAUAGCAAACUCUGGGCAUCCAGUAUGGUCCGGGCACUGGUUCAGCAACAAAGCAACGGUGAUCAGGGUGGCACCUGACGCGUUUCGCUGCAGGUCCUGCAGCUUUUUCAUUGGUUAUUAAUCAGAGUUAUUAAUACAUUUUUUAAUCUGUUUUCAUUCAAUCCAUGUCAUUUUUUAAUUUUUAGUACUAAUUGAAUUCAGCGCUGCUAUUAUUGGUUUUCUUUUUGUACAAACAGACUGAUGACUGCUACUCACGCUUUUCAUUAAUGUACCUCUAUUUACUUCCUAAAUAAUACAUCCCAAAUGCUUAGGUCUUUUUGCUGCUGUUUAUUUUGUAUCUUGUGCUUUGUGUAAAUGUGAAUGUCUAAUACCAGUUUGCACAGUCUGUAUUGCUGCACGACAGUAUGGCGGCCAUUGGAACGGGUUUUCACUUCUUCUAGUUUGCCUAACUUGUUGCAGAUACUCAUCUUGAUAAGGAGUGUCGAGUGUUUUCAGAUACAAGAUCCUAUCUAUAUAUACCCUGUAUAUUAUAAUGUGUAUUAGAGUCACCCGGGUUCCAUCUGUGGUGGUUUGUUGUAUGUUACAUCUAUAUGGUGCAGAUACUCCUCUGUAUGAUUUCAUAAUAAAAGCUUUU